GAUUGGCCGCCGCGCGCCCCGCCCCGCCCGGGAUCCCGGGAGCUGUCCGGCCGCCUCGGUGCUGAUCCCGCCGCCGCCCACGGGCCGCCAGCCGCGCGGAGAGGGCACUAUGAGCGGGGGCGUCUACGGCGGAGAUGAGGUGGGGGCGCUGGUCUUUGACAUUGGCUCCUUCUCAGUCCGCGCUGGGUACGCUGGGGAGGACUGCCCCAAGGCUGACUUCCCCACCACGGUGGGGCUGCUGGCCGCGGAGGAGGGGGGCGGGCUGGAGCUGGAGGGGGAGAAAGAGAAGAAAGGGAAGAUCUUCCACAUCGACACCAACGCCCUGCACGUGCCCCGGGAUGGAGCGGAGGUCAUGUCACCCCUCAAGAACGGCAUGAUUGAGGACUGGGAGUGCUUCCGCGCCAUCCUGGACCACACCUACAGCAAACACGUCAAGUCCGAGCCAAACCUGCACCCGGUGCUCAUGUCCGAGGCCCCGUGGAACACACGGGCCAAGCGGGAGAAGCUGACAGAGCUGAUGUUCGAGCACUACAACAUUCCUGCCUUCUUCCUAUGCAAGACGGCUGUGCUCACCGCCUUCGCAAACGGACGCUCUACGGGCCUCGUGCUGGACAGUGGGGCCACCCACACCACGGCCAUCCCAGUGCAUGAUGGCUACGUCCUGCAGCAAGGCAUCGUCAAGUCCCCCCUGGCAGGGGACUUCAUCUCCAUGCAGUGCCGGGAGCUUUUUCAGGAAAUGGCAAUUGACAUCAUACCGCCUUACAUGAUCGCAGCCAAGGAGCCUGUACGGGAGGGUGCCCCCCCAAACUGGAAGAAGAAGGAGAAGCUACCCCAGGUUUCCAAAUCCUGGCAUAACUACAUGUGCAAUGAGGUGAUCCAGGAUUUCCAGGCCUCCGUGCUGCAGGUCUCCGACUCUCCCUACGAUGAGCAGGUGGCGGCACAGAUGCCCACAGUGCAUUACGAGAUGCCCAAUGGUUACAACACGGACUAUGGCGCUGAGCGGCUCCGCAUCCCCGAGGGCCUGUUUGACCCCUCCAAUGUCAAGGGCCUGUACGGCAGCGUCAUUGUCACCGGUGGGAACACACUGCUUCAGGGCUUCACUGACAGGCUCAACCGGGAGCUUUCCCAGAAGACCCCGCCGAGCAUGCGGCUGAAGCUCAUUGCCAGCAACAGCACCAUGGAACGCAAGUUCAGCCCCUGGAUCGGGGGCUCCAUCUUGGCCUCGCUGGGCACUUUCCAGCAGAUGUGGAUCUCCAAGCAGGAAUAUGAGGAGGGCGGGAAGCAGUGCGUGGAGCGGAAGUGCCCCUAAGGGCCCCCCCACAGGCCCGUCCGCAGUGGGGGGUGGGUGGGAGGGAUAAGGUCCCCCACCCCCGGCCUCCAGGAGCUCAAAUCGAAGCUCCCUAACCCCUCAUGCUCAUGUCCACAUGCCAUCCCUCUUCUCUUCCUCUCUCUUCCUCUUCGAUU